AUGGUGUGCAAGAGUAGCAGCAACGAUAAAGAGAGGCUGCUGCUGGAUGCAGACUCCAUCCAUACUCCCUCGCUGCCAAGUGCCAACCUGCAGCACCAAGCAGAAGCUGUGGCAUACCCUGGCAGAGAAUCUAGUAAGACUGAUGAUCUUGCAGUGACCCCAACAGAGGAGAGACAGGCUAAACUUUACAAUAAUGACAAAGAAGAAGCAUUUAGAAGGGAAUUACCAUAUUGCACAGGAGAAAUUGACUUCAUGGCUUCUGGAAAGAAACGGGGAAAGUUAAUGAAGGUCCCUUGUGCCAUCCAUCCUAGAGUUAUAUUUGAUGUUAUGAGUACCAAAUGGAACCUUCCUGCUCCCAAUCUGGUUGUCUCUUUAGUUGGAGAAGAAGAAAACUUCCAGAUGAAACCAUGGCUACGUGACACCUUAAGAAAAGGACUAGUAAAGGCUGCACAAAGCACUGGUGCAUGGAUCUUUACUAGUGCCUUGCGUGUUGGAAUAACAAAACAUAUAGGACAAGCAGUCCGAGAUCACACGUUAGCAAGUACGUCAUCCACAGUAAAAGUGAUUGCAAUCGGAAUAACUUCAUUGGGAAAAAUUCAGCACAGAGAACUUCUGGAUAAUGUUAAGAAUGAUAGUCAUAUAAGCUACAAAUCUGACCAUAAUGCCCAAGGUCCUCUGUAUUCUCUUGACAACAAUCACUCCCAUUUUAUUCUGGUGGAUGAACAAGAGCCAGAUGAGACGACAAGACUGCGUCUUGCCUUGGAGAAACACAUUUCAGAACAGCGCACUGGCUAUGGAGGAACAGGUAGCAUUGAAAUCCCUGUGCUCUGCUUACUUGUGAAUGGAAGACCUAAUUCAUUUGAGCGAAUUUACAGAGGAUUGGAAAAUUCUGCCCCUUGGCUCAUCUUGGCAGGCUCUGGUGGCAUCGCUGACAUCUUAGCAGUACUGAUGAAUGAGCCACACUUAAUUGUGCCAGAGGUGGUGGAAAAACUAUUAAAAGAGAAAUUCCCCACAGAAGAUUUCUUAGGGAAGGACAUUCUUCAGUGGACCACAGAGAUCCAAAGCAUUAUUGCCCAACAGCACCUUCUAACAGUGUAUAAUUUUGAACAAGAAGGUUCAGAAGAACUGGAUACCAUCAUUUUGAAAGCUCUAGUGAAAGCCUGUAAGAGUCAUAGUCAGGAAGCCCAAGAAUACCUGGAUGAGCUCAAGUUGGCUGUGGCCUGGAACAGAGUGGACAUAGCUAAGAGUGAAAUAUUCAAUGGAGAUGUUGAAUGGAAGUCAUGUGACCUUGAGGAAGUGAUGAUGGAUGCCCUGGUGAAUGACAAGCCAGAAUUUGUCAAGUUGUUUAUUGAUAAUGGGGCCAACAUAUAUGACUUCCUGACAUACAACCGACUUCAGAGGCUGUACUGUACCGUCUCUCCAAAGUGUCUUCUCUACACACUUCUGCUUAAGAAACAUGAAGAAAAUAGGCUCACUUUAGCAGGGAUGAGUGGCCAGCAGCACAAGGAAGUGAUGGAUACAUGCCCACUCUUCACUCUCCAUGAAGUUUCUAGGGUACUGAAGGAUUUUCUACAUGAUGCUUGCAGAGGCUUCUACCAAGACUUUAAAUCUGGAUGUAAGAAGAAAGCUGAUAAGAUAAGUGCAAAAAGGUUACCCAUCCCUUUGGAUAUGGAUCAGAAAAGUGAAAAUCCUUGGAGAGAUUUGUUUUUAUGGGCAGUACUUCAAAAUCGGCACAAGAUGGCAUACUACUUCUGGACAAUGGGUCAGGAAGGUGUAGCUGCAGCCCUGGCAGCUUGUAAAAUCCUCCGAGAGAUGUCUCACCUGGAGACAGAAGCUGAAGUAGUCUGCAGAAUGAAAGAAGCAAAAUACGAGCAGCUUGCUGUGGAACUGUUCAGUGAAUGCUACCACAAUAGCGAAGACCGAGCUUUUGCUUUGCUGGUGAGGAGAAACCGCUACUGGAGCAAAACAACAUGCCUUCACUUGGCCACAGAAGCAGAUACUAAGUCUUUUUUUGCACAUGAUGGAGUGCAGGCUUUUCUGACAAAAAUUUGGUGGGGAGAUAUGUCAACAUCCACUCCGAUCUUGAAGCUAAUCUGUACAUUUUGGUGCCCUCUCCUGAUCUAUACUAAUUUGAUAUCAUUCAGUGAGGAAACACAAUCUGUGAAGGAGACAGAAUCAUUUAAAGAGCUUGACAGCCUGGAUACAGAAAAGACAUUGCUUUUUCCCAAGGAAGUGGAUAGGCAAGAUGCUAAGCUAGAAACACAGGCCGCUUCUGAAAAAGUAGCUUGUGCAACAUUUGUGUUUACACAGUGGAAAAAAUUCUGGACGGCUCCUGUCACAGUAUUUAUGGGGAAUGUUAUCAUGUACUUUGCCUUUCUCAUCCUGUUUACCUAUGUCCUCUUAGUGGAUUUUAAACCACCCCCACCUAAAGGUCCAUCCAUUCACGAGAUUAUACUUUACUUUUGGGUUUUCACAUUGGUCUUGGAAGAAAUCCGACAGAGUUUCUUCACUGAUGAAGAUAUGAAUUUAAUGAAAAAGUUCAAACUCUAUGUAGAAGAUAACUGGAACAAGUGUGAUAUGGUGGCCAUCUUCUUGUUCAUAAUUGGAGUCACUUGCAGAAUGUUUAAUUCAACCUUUCAAGAUGGCCGUACAGUACUAGCUAUUGAUUUUAUGGUCUUCACUCUCAGGCUCAUUCAUAUUUUUGCCAUUCAUAAGCAACUGGGUCCAAAGAUUAUCAUUGUGGAGAGAAUGAUGAAGGAUGUGUUCUUCUUUCUCUUUUUCUUGAGUGUGUGGCUCAUUGCCUAUGGUGUGACCACACAAGCCUUACUCCAUCCCAAUGACAGCCGAGCUGAAUGGAUCUUCAGAAGGGUGCUCUAUCGCCCCUAUCUUCAAAUAUUUGGACAGAUUCCACUGGAUGAAAUAGACUCAUCUCGCAUGAAUUCUGAAAACUGCACAUCCAGUCCACUGGAGAACCUGCUGUCCUGCCCUAAUGUCUAUGCCAACUGGCUGGUCAUACUUCUUUUGGUCAUCUUCCUACUGGUUACAAAUGUGUUGCUUAUGAAUCUCCUGAUUGCUAUGUUCAGUUAUACUUUUCAGGUUGUUCAGGGAAAUGCAGACAUCUUCUGGAAAUUUCAACGUUAUAACUUGAUUGUCGAAUACCAUGGUCGGCCGGCAUUUGCCCCUCCCUUCAUCAUUAUUGACCAUAUUAAACUGUUUCUUAGACGGAUCUUUAAGAAGUCGGAGCAUAAAAAUGAGCACUUGGAGAGAGAUCUGCCUGAAGGCCUGGACCAAAAGAUCAUAACCUGGGAGGUGCUGCAAAAAGAAAACUACCUGGCAAACCUAGAAACAAAGAAAAAAGAAAGCAAUGAAGAAAGGCUGAAGAAGAUGUCAGACAAGGUGAACAAUCUUUCCAAAUACUUUAGUAGUUUGAAAGAGCAAGAAAAACGGCUUAAAUCCUUGGAGUCAAAAAUCAACUACUGCACAAUUGUCCUUUCCACAAUGGAAGAUACAGCAACUAAAAACAGCGUCCUCUGUAACAAAACAGCUCUGAACAACACAUGUUUCACAAAUACUGACAGUCAUCAAAUUGCUGCACCAGAAACUGGCUGCACUAGUGAAGAUGGAGUGUGUACCAAUCAGCUUGAAGAAGACAUGAUGUAUAUCGAUAACUAACUCUUACACUAGCAGCUUGAAGAAGAUAUGAUAUAUAUCAACAAACUCUUACACUAGCAGAUUAAACCUUUUGGAGGGCUGUUGAAUUAAUUUUUAACAUGCUUGAUGUGGCCUUCAGUUUCCUAAAGGAUUUUUUGUUUAGAUUGCAGAGUGCCACAGUCCUUCACACCAACCAUAUAGUGCCUACUUGCUUUUAGCUUUGUAUCCAAUGUAUUAGUUUUAAAAGUAUUCCCAUUGCGACCAACAGUUCAUCUACUUCUCAGGACCCUCAGAUAUGUAAUCUUUCUCUGUUGCUGCUCAGAGCUUUGCAAUGCAGGUAAAACUUGUAUGGAUAUAAAAUUUCUGCAUAUCCAGUCAUGCCAGACCAUCCCAAACCUUACCGCUACUAGCAACCCAAAAAUGUACCAAGUACCUUCUUUAUGUACUUUCCUUACUGAACGCUAUAUUCACAUCUUCCUCCUCAGUCUUCUUUUCAUACUUGGUGUUCUUCCUCUCAAACUUAGAACCACAUUACUCUUCUGCUCAUGUUCCCCAAACCCAUCAUUCCCCCAUUGUUCAUCACACAUGGACGUCAUAAAAGACCAUUAUCCUUGUCUUCAAUGACACUACCUUUCUCCAUCCCAAAGGACUUGCUUUUACCCAAUAAUAUUGUGCUCUUAUUAAAAUUAUUAUGCCUCGUAUGUGAAAACUCACUCUUUGAUUAAGCAAAAGGCUGUUUAAAAAAUCCUAACUCAUCUGAGAAACAAUCCCCAGUCCCUAUUAUAUUUGUUAUAUCUCUUCAUUCUUACAAUUGGUCAACACAUUACUGGCAUAGUGAACAGGAGCAUCCACUAAGGACAGCAAACUAUAGCAAGCAAGUUGAAUGGCUAGUAGAGUACAACUGAAAUGCUCAACGUUUUUGUAUUAACUAGCUGGAAAACUGUUACGAAGUUGUAUAACGAUAUACAAAU